GGCGUGGCGCGGCACGGCGUGGCACGGCGUCGCCAUGACAUGUGCGGUGUGCUAGUGCAGGUUGGAUACACCCCUCGCCCAAUGAGCCGCCCGGCCGGCGAAGGCUUAUCUACCAGGUCGGAGCUACGGUCGAGGAUGCGGGCGGCAUGAGACGUUCGCCCCCGCAGCCUCGCCAGCAACAGCAGCCCCAGUCGACGCCGCCGCCGCCAGCCCAUGCUACGACCCCCUCCUCCUCAGCACCAUGCCGACCCCCCUCUCUCCCCCCGCGGCCCGCUCCUGGGCCCUGUCCUGGAGCCGCCGAGGUGCGCUACCCGUUUGGCGUGCAGAACGACCUCGGCCAGGUCAUCCUCCAUGGCGCGGCCUGCAUGGCGAAGGAGGACUCGAGGCCUGCGUGGACUGUGGACCCGCCGCCGCGCUCUGUGCUGGGCCCCCACAGCCCCACUCACGGACACCCGCCGGGACACCCGCCGGGACACCCGCCGGGACACCCGCUGGCGCCGGGCAGAGGGUCCCCGCCCUUCACCCGGCUCCACCCGCGCCACGCCAGCCCCUCCAGGCAGUCGCUGCAGUCCGGCAGCCUGCAGUGCAGCCUGGCGUCCUCGACUGCCGACCUGACUGCCGAUGCCCUGCAACUAGAGAAAGCCAUACGCGACAACGACACCGCCAAAGUAAAGAGGUUCUUGGAUCUCCACCACGACAAGUUCCAGGUGAACCUCCAUGGCAGCCUGCUGGACAAGUCGUCCUCCGACUCGCAGAGCCAAGAUGUGGAGAUCCUGCUGCGCAAGUCCAAGACCCUCCUGGACCGGCUGGAGCCCUCCUCGCCGUCCACGCCGUCGCCGCUGUCCCCGACGGCGCCGCUCAUCUUCAGCAACGCGCUGCACGUGGCCGUGGACCAGGGCGCCGUGGACGUGACACGCCUCCUCCUCAAGUACGGCCUGGAGCCGAACCAGGGCGGCAGGCCGUCGUCGGCGUGCCCCAGGCUGUCGAGCCACUCGGACCAAGGCUUCUUCGUGGACCUGCCCUCUGCCUCCGUCUCAGGUGGCAGCGGGCCGGACGCGAGCCGCUCGCCGUCGACAGGGACCACGAAGCUGGCGGCGGCCACACACCGGACGACGGCGCUGCGGCACGUGACCCGGCAGCGGUCGCUGUCCCUGGAGCAUGACGCCGUGGACGGGGCGCGGCAGGGCGCGGUGGCGGGCGUCGUGGACCGGCGCUCCGUGUCGCUCAAGUCAUCGCCUCUGCUGCGCGCCAAGCAGGGCGACAACGGCAGCGCCGUGGACCUGCACCCAUGGACGUCGCCGCCCUCGCCGCCCGGCCGCAAGCCCAGCGUCGACGGCAAGGCGCUGGACGGCAAGGCGCUGGCCGCGGCCGGCACGGGCAGCAAGGUGCAUCCCGAGAGGGGCAUCUUCGCCGAGCUGCGCCGCAGCAGCGAGAUCUUCAAGAGCAUCCUGCUGAACCUGUCCAUGAAGGACGCCGAGGCCGGCGCGGCGGGCGUCGACUCGCCCAGCAACGCCACGCCGCCGGAGACGCCUCAGGUGGACCUGGCCGGCCUCCUGGCGGCGCACGAGCGGCGUCGCCUCGCCUCGUAUCGCCACGUGGACGAGUCCUCGGCCUCGUCCUCGAUGUCCUCGUCGUCCUCCUCGCUGAGCUGCCGCUCGUCCUCGGACGACGAGUGCGAGGGCCUGGUCGGCCACCACCCGGGCCUGACGGGCCUGGGGCUGGGCAUCGGCGCGCACGGCCACCCCGACGACGUGGUGCUGCACGCCAACCCCGCCAUCGCCGUGGAGAAGCUGGGCGCGCUGGCGCACUACACCCGCCAGCACUUGUUCUCCUUGCCGGCGCUCUUCCUGGCCGUGGCGAGGGGCCACGCCGCGCUCGUGUACCUGCUGCUCAAGUACGGCGCCAACGUCGACUUCCAGGACGCGCACGGCAACACGCCGCUGCACCUGGCCGUGUGCCAGGCCGCCGUGCCCUGGGAGGUGGUGCUGGACCUGGUGGAGCGCGGCGCCCGCAUCGCGCAGCCCAACAAGGAGGGCAUCUCGCCGGCCGACCUGGCGCCCGCCGGCCUGCUGGCGCGCCUGCAGGACCAGAUGCUGCCGCAGCCCCUGCAGCCGCAGGCCAUCGGCGCCGACCCGCCCAGCACUGGCGCUUCGUCCAUCUGCAGAGGCGACGGCCGCAGCGAACGAGAGUCUUCCAGUGCCAGGGGCUCGGGCACCAACACGGCGCGCAUCCUGCGCAAGCUGCGGCCCGCCGCCUCCAUCGCGGGCGAGAAGGAGAGGGAGCGCGAGCGCGAACGGGAGCGGGAGCGCGCCCACCGCGCCGAGUCCACGGAGGAGGCCUCGUCCGCCUCCGUGGAGCUCAUGGCGCGCUCGUCCACCGGCUCCGUCCACAGCAGGGCCUCCAUGGUGCAGCCCAGGACCAACAGCCCCGAGACCGCGCUGCCGCUGCGGGACGGCGACCAGGCCCUGGGGGGCGCGGCCAGAGCGGAGUCCCGGCGCAAGCUCAAGAAGAGGAUGUGGCGAAGCUCGAAGCCCGCAGUGUGCGUCGCAGAGCGCACGCCCACCAUCGACGCCGAGCGUAGCUUCCAGGUCCUGCUGCAGAUGGCGCGCAACCCGGAGUGCAUCGGCUACCUGCUGCGCGGGCUGCUCGCCAACAUCCCCGCCCUGCUGCGCCUGCUGCAGACCCUCAACGACCCACCGCUCCACCGAAACAUGGCGGGGCUUCUGCACACCGUCCUUAAGACUGCCCUGGACACGUACGGCACGGCCAGGGGGGAGCGGGCCGGGUCGCCCACCAGCGCGCACGCGCACGCACACACGACGCCGGGCCAGGCAGGCCAGGGUCCGGAGGGGCAGGUCCCCACCCUGGGCCUGCUGCCGGAGCAGCGGGAGCUGAGCGCCGCGCUGUGCCUGCUGCUGCGCGUGUGCCUCAGCCUGAUCCACGGCGUGCACGACCUGCAGUACACCGCCAUGGUGACCAUCAACAAGGUGAUCGACGCGUGCGUCGUGCACCGCCUCACGCACGUCAAGGUGCGCACCGGCACCGCGCUGCAGCACCCCUGCAACCAGCGGGGCGCCAACCGGCUGCACAAGUCGGGCGCCAAGCGCCUGGGCUCGGUGUGGCGCACCGUGGCCGGCGAGCAGCUGGAGCAGGCGCGGCGGACCGUCGCCGACGAGGCCGCCAAGGAGGAGUCCACACCCGUCUGCGUGUCAGACGUCCUGUCUUCCGUCCACGCCCUGUCCGUCCUCAACAUCCUGCACAACGCGCUCACACUGUACAAGCGCGUGGUGGGCAGCAAGCAGCAGUGCUCGCCCAGUCAGAGGUGGCGCCACUGCAGCUACCACUGCCUGCAGCUGCUGGCGGCGCGGGCACUGCUCUUCAUGGUGGAGGGCGCGGCCGUGCAGCAGCAGCUCGCGCAGGAGCCGCAGCUCCGCAUCCUGGCCGCGGCCCUCGACUCGACCCACGACCCCCAACUGCUGGUGCUGGUGCUGCAAAUCGUGGCCACGCUGGCGCUGGAGCCGGCCAACCACCGCGCCCUGGUGGAGCAGGGCCUGCCGGACGUGCUGUCGCAGCUGCUGCUGCCCUCGGACGAGUGGUACUACACCAACCACUCCACCAAGUACGCGCGCUUCGUCAAGCACCACGCGGCGCGCGCCCUCGUCUACCUCGGCCUGCAGCACCGCGUCAACCUCCGCUUCUCCGUCUACGACAUCAUCACGGCCGAGGAGGCGCCGCCGCCCACGCCGCUGACAGAGUCGCUGGAGGACACGUACAUCACGCAGACGUCCGCGCCGCCCAACAUCGUCGUGGACAAGGACACGGGCAAGAUCCUGGGGCUGUCUGUGGAGGGCGCGGUGCUGUACAUGCUCAAGGCCUUCGAGGCGUCCCUCACGCAGACCGCGGCCACCACCAACACGGCCACGACCUCCAUGGCCAACUCGACGGAGAUGUCGACGUUGCAGUGGGUCGUCAGCGGCACCAGCUACCACCGCAACCUCGCCGGCGCGGCGGCGCUCCGCGGCCGAGGCGCGGACACCAAGGGCGACCCCUGCUCGCCGCUGUUCGUGCAGACGCUGCUGGCGUGCUUCCCCUCCGUCGUGUCCCCCGUCGUGCUGGUGCGCAUGCUGCUGCACCGCCUGCUCACCACGGCCGCGCCGCUGCAGCGCUGGAAGUCGUGCGCGUCCAGGUCGUCGUUCGCGUCGGCCUCGGUGCACGACGCGCCGCGGUCGCCGCGGAGCAGGGCGUCGUCCACCGACACCGAGCCGUCCUCGCUGCGGAAAAGGAGGAAGGUGAACCUGACGGUGGACUGCUCCGGCCUGGCCAACGACCCGGCGCCGCUGGCCAUGACGGCCAUGACGGCCAUGACGGCCAUGCCCGCGCCGGGGGACGACGUCCACUGCCCCGUGCAUUGA